AUGUGGAAGCUUGCGGAGGCCAUCGGCCCUUUCCAGGAUGAGAUUGGCUUCCGAUGCUGUGGUCGGAGCGUGGGGUUCCUGCACCAGGCGAGCGACCCCGACCUAGAAGAAGCAGAGCUGACCGACCAGGAAGCCAGCGACUGGAGCGCCAUUUUUACGAGCAGAAAGAUUCUGAUUAUGGUUUGUUUAGGCCCUGGCAAAGGAACCCUUGAGAUGCAGCCCUACGAUGACGAGGCGAAUGUCUCGGAGAUCACCACCGUGCCCGGUCUUGUGGUCGUGCUCCGCACGGACCAGCUUUCCUUCAAGUUCUUCUGCAGAGGACGAGAGGCUACGCAUGUGGCCACCUCCUUCAUGCUGCAGAACGACAUUUUGCGAAUGCACAGAAAUAAGCUCGAAGCACACCUCACCCCACCUGCCCAAGAACUAGAUCAAUGGAUCGACCAGCGCCUGCGGGAAAUCAAAGAGAUGGAGCCUGACGAGCCCACAGAGGAAUGGACCGCCAAGGGGGACGUUCCCAGGAACUUCAUCCACGCCGCCAAUCGGACCUGGUUCAAACGCCAGACCACCGUCUGCAAGGGUGCGGCUGCCAGGUUACCGGUCACCUGGGAGCCGGAGGUGUUCUUCCUCGGUUGCACGGCAGGUUGCGACACGGUCAUUGAAGUCCCGAUCAUGCGAUGGGAACAUGACACCGUGUACGACCCUUCCCCUGAUGCGUGGAAGAAAGACCCGCCGAUGACCAAUUGCAGGCACGCUUCUUUCGUUGAUGGAGUGGAUCUGUUCGACAACAAGCUCUUUGGUUUGUCCCUGGCAGAAACCAAAGGCAUGGACCCCGGCCAGCGCUUGGUGCUGGAAGUCACCUACGAUGCACUCUACAGGAGUGGCAUGAGGAAGAACACGCUGAUCAACUCCACCUGUGGUAUGUAUGUGGGCACAUCCUUUAGCGAGUGGAACUCUGCAGAGAAAGCAGCGGAUGUUGGCAUUUUUGGUGCCACAGGAGGAGCUCCCAGUAUCACCGCUGGGCGUCUCAGUUUCUGCCUUGGAUGCAAAGGGGCCAGUUUAGCCAUUGACACGGAGGCUGCCUCAGGGCUGUCUGCCGUAUUCUGGGCGGCAGAAGCCGUUGAAAAGAAGGGUGCCGGUCACAUACAGGAGCUGUCCUGUGGCAUCGGCGUGCAUCUCUGCCUGGCCAAGGCAUGGUGGCCGGCUCACACUGCAGCGGGCUUCCUUUGCCCGGGGGGCCGCUGCUUCACUUUUGACGCAAGUGCGCAGGGCCACGUGAGGUCUGAGGGUGUUGGCACGGUUGUGCUCCGCUGCCAAGAGAAGAUGGACGGACAAGAGGAUAAGGAAGAGCUUUCGGUCGGCACGAUUGUCGGUGGCGCCACGCAGAAUAGCGGCAAGAGCGCUGGAAUGAGCGCUCCUUCUGGCCCCGCAGAGCAGGCGGUGCUUGUGGAGGCCUGCAGAAAAUCUGGCAUCACCACCUUGGAUGUGGAUGUCGUUGAGUGCCACGGAUCGGGCCGCUUCAUCGCGGAUGCCAUCGAGGCUGCAUCGUGUGGUAGAGCCCUGAGAGAGGGUGCAGAUUCGAACGAGGAGGAGAUGUUGCAGCUGUGCAGCAUGAAGACCAACAUUGGCAACUGCAUCGAGACGUCCGGGAUUGCAAGCUUGAUCAAGACGUUCCACAGCAUCAGGUGGGGCAUUGUGUGUGCGAACAACCACCUGCACCAGCUGAACCCACACUUGGACAUUUCAAGCUGCCCGCUUCUCAUGUGCACUGAGCCAAGUGAACAAAAGCUCAGCGCCGUCUUCGUUGGCGUUAGCUCCUGGGGUUUCGGAGGAACUAAUGUCCAUUUGCAUUGCUACGGUGGCGUCGACGAGGAGAUUCGCCUCCCGCCAGAGCCCACCCCACAGGAGCUGAGACCCAGGCUGUCGUACUGGCCGAGUGGCGGCGGCGAUUUGGGAAGCAUGAGCCGACCCCGAAGGGGCUUCUUCAUCAUCGGCUCAUGGAGUGGCUGGACUGAGCCAGAGCCAAUGGAGGACGAAGGGGAUGGCUGCUACGGGUACACGCUUGUCCUGGGCGAUACCAGAUGGGAGCAGUUCCAGCUGCUCAUUGACAACAGCUAUUCCAAGGUGCUGCACCCGCAGCGCUACAAGGCGCCAAAGGGAACGGAGGUGUUUGGACCAACUCGGCAAGAGGAGGUCAUGCAGGACAGCACUUGGUUCGUUGAUGGACGGCCCUUUAGCACCCAGAUCCGUGCCAUCACGGCUUCAGCAGGUUCGACGGCGGUGGCGACUCCGGAGCCGUUGACCUUCACCAACGAGGACGAGGGUCUGCCAGGUCAGCUGUACCGCAUCCGCCUGCACAUCGCUGGCAAGUGGAGAACGGUCACAUGGGCCAAAGCCAAAGAGGCUCCCCAGGGUCUCCUGGCCCUCAAGGGACCUGAGGCCAAAUACUAUGUCGCAGGCAGUUGGAACAACUAUCGGUUCGAAGAGAUGACGGCCGCUAGCGAAGGCACCUACACUUGCGAGGUAUCCCUGACCUCUGGUCCUAAUCGGUUCCAGAUUGCGAGAAAUGGUGACUGGCACCAGGCUAUUUUCCCGGUAUCGCCAAAUGCUGGUCCGACCGCUGAGAUAGAAGGGCCAAUCGACCGGAAGGAUCGACACUGGUUAGUCAGCGCAAGCACGGGAGACAAGCUCAAGAUUACUUUCCAGCGCACCAUCGAUGCCUCGGGCAGCAGCAAAAUGAAGGUGCUCUGGGAGAAGUUCUAG